GCAGUUCUGACAGGAGACCUGGGCAAGGAGAAAGCGUCUGAGCAUCAUGGGCUUACUAACUAUUCUUAAGAAAAUGAAGCAGAAGGAGCGGGAGGUUCGGCUACUCAUGCUAGGUUUAGAUAAUGCCGGUAAAACGACCAUCCUAAAGAAGUUUAAUGGCGAGGAUAUCAACACCAUUUCUCCAACACUUGGAUUCAACAUCAAAACGCUGGAGCACAGAGGGUUUAAGCUGAAUAUGUGGGAUGUGGGCGGUCAAAAGUCCUUACGGUCAUACUGGAGAAACUACUUUGAGAGCACAGAUGGGCUGAUCUGGGUGGUUGACAGUGCUGACCGUGCACGGUUGCAGGAUUGUGCUCAAGAACUAGCUGGGCUGCUGUUGGAGGAGCGACUGGCUGGAGCAACAUUGCUUGUAUUCGCCAACAAACAAGACUUGCCUGGAGCCUUAUCUAAAGAUGCAAUCAAAGAGGCCCUGGAGUUGGAUAACAUAAAGACACAUCACUGGUGUAUCCAAGGCUGCAGUGCAGUGACUGGGGAAAAUCUCCUGACUGGCAUUGAUUGGUUGUUGGAUGAUAUAUCCAGUCGCAUUUUUACAGCUGACUGAAGCAGAAUGGGAAGCAAAGAAGAGAAGGACCUUAAGGAGCAUCUUAUUUAUUUUAACAAUGGCUUGACUAAUGCAGAGUCUUGACUGGCUAUGACUGAUCUAGGGAAUAACAGAGAGGUGUGCCCUCCCAUGGCUGAUACGCAAAUGGGAGAUUUGUAAGGAUACAGAGUUGGAACCUUGUGGUUAAAAGAACCGUCACUGGUACAAAGAGCGGCAGAAUAUGCUGUUCUGUCGCAGAGACAAUAAAUUCUCAUCAUUUA